CUGAGGAGGUGACAUUAGUCAACCCGCUCCUGGGGAGAAGAAGCGUCAGUGUCAGCUCUCUCUGGAGCUCCCUGCGGCCUCGGAGCACACGAUUGUGAUCUGUUGUCAUCUGCUGAAGGGAUGGACUUUAACAAGGCCAUUGUUUCCACUUUAGAUGCUUGAUAACGUCAAAGUAGAGACCGAAUGACGCAGAAAUGUGACAACAUUUGUCAAGAGGUUUCGGAGCAUUGGCAGCUCCGCCCCGCCCGUCCGUGACAGGAGCCCCGGCGGGCGGAGCCCAGGAAAGCCCGAGGAUCGCGGCCUAGCGCCCGAAUGAGGCCAGCAGCUGCUACGUGGAGCUAGCGGUGGCUACGCUAACAAAUGUCGUAGCUGUUUUCGACAUAAUUGUUCAUGGAUUAUUUAUUUCAGAUAACAGUACUUUGGUAUGUGUGAGGUUUGGACUUGUUAAGGACUUUGCCGUCACUAAAUGGCUGUGUUUUAGGGCUGUCAGCGGGGAAAGCUGCAGGUUUUCCAGGCAUGAUGGAAGGACUUCAGAGCCAGGCUAUUAGCCUGGAUCCCCGCAGGCAGGAGCUGCUUGAGGCUCGCUUCACUGGAGUUGGUGUGCCCAAGAGUGCAACCAACAGCGAAUCAUCAAGCCAAUCUCUGUGCAGUGCAGGAUCACUCAGUGACAAGGAACCAGAGACACCAGAGAAGAAGACUAAUGAGAGGAUCAGGAAGAGAAAAGGAGACCUUUUUGACAGCAACAGCCAAGGAAAAGGGAGAGGGCACAAAAUAAGAGAUUAUUUUGAGUUUGCUGGUAGCAGCACGUCUGCCACCAGUCCAGCCCAAGGAAUCCCUUUUCUGUCUUACCCUCUGUUUCACCACGGCAGCCCUUCAUCUAUGGGCUCAACUCACACAGACUCCUCAUCUUGCAGCUCAUUUAAGACAGCGGCCCCACAGUCCCGCUUUCACAAAGCCAUCCAGUCCGACCUGACGCUGCUAAAACUGACAGCACUGGAGAAGGUCAAGAACUCUGACCUGGAAAAGAAAGAAGGAAGGAUAGAUGACCUUCUGAGGGCGAACUGUGACUUGAGGCGGCAGGUAGACGAGCAGCAGAAGAUGCUGGAGCGCUACAAGGAGCGACUCAACAAGUGUGUGACCAUGAGCAAGAAGCUGCUUAUUGAGAAGUCAAAGCAGGAGAAGAUGGCCUGCAGGGACAAGAGCAUGCAGGACCGGCUACGUUUAGGUCACUUCACCACCGUACGCCACGGAGCCUCCUUAACUGAGCAGUGGACAGAUGGAUAUGCCUUCCAGAACCUCAUUAAGCAGCAGGAGCGGAUCAACUUGCAGCGGGAGGACAUUGAAAAGCAGAGAAAGCUUUUGGGGAAGAGGAAACCUCCCAUGUGCCAGACACCAUCACAGAACAUGGAGCAGAGCAAACGAAGGAGCAGAAACAACGGCCACGAGAAUGAAAUGUUGUCCCUGGCAGAGUACCGUGCACAAGAGGAGAUUUUCAAACUUCGAAUUGGACGUCUAAAAAAGGAAGAAGCAGAGAUCCAGACAGAGCUGGAACAUUUGGAGCGGGUAAGAAACCUGCACAUCCGGGAGCUGAAGAGAAUCCACAACGAGGACAACUCCAAAUUUAAAGACCAUCCCACACUGAAUGAGCGAUAUCUGCUAAUACGUUUGCUUGGACGAGGUGGUUUCAGUGAAGUUUUCAAAGCUUUUGAUUUAACAGAACAGAGGUAUGUAGCCAUUAAAAUCCAUCAGCUCAACAAGAACUGGAGGGAAGAGAAAAAAGAAAACUACCACAAACACGCCUGUAGAGAGUACAGGAUACACAAAGAACUUGACCAUCCUAGAAUAGUCAAACUAUAUGACUAUUUCUCAAUCGACACAGACUCGUUCUGCACAGUACUGGAGUACUGUGACGGCAAUGACCUGGAUUCUUACUUGAAGCAGAAUAAGUCCCUGACGGAGAAAGAGGGCCGCUCCAUCGUCAUGCAGCUCGUCAAUGCUCUGAAGUACCUCAAUCAAAUUCGACCACCCAUCAUCCACUACGACCUGAAGCCUGGAAAUAUCCUGUUGGUUAACGGCACAGCCUGCGGUGAGAUAAAGAUCACCGAUUUUGGCCUGUCCAAGAUAAUGGACGAAGACAGUUACAACUCUGCAGAGGGCAUGGAGCUGACUUCCCAGGGAGCAGGGACCUACUGGUAUCUACCGCCUGAGUGCUUUGUCGUGGGGAAGAUCCCUCCUAAAAUAUCCAACAAGGUGGAUGUUUGGUCAGUAGGAAUCAUUUUCUACCAGACCUUAUAUGGCCGCAAGCCAUUUGGCCAUAACCAGUCACAGCAGGAAAUCCUGCAACAAAACACCAUCUUAAAAGCUACGGAGGUGCAAUUCCCCCCGAAACCCGUGGUCACCACUGAAGCAAAGGCCUUCAUUCGACGUUGCUUGGCUUACCACAAGGAGGACCGCAUAGAUGUGCUGCAGCUGGCCAGUGACCCCUUCCUGAUGCCGCACAUUCGUAAAGCCCUGGGUAGCAGCACAGCUUUGGUGCCUCCUAGUCCUUCCACCUCCAGCUGCUACAGCAGCAGUGCCUCCAAUUCAAGUUAGCGGGGAAGUGAUCGCAGUAAAACCCCCAUGGAGGACGAAGCCACGUGGAAAAAAUUGCACAGUUAAUUAAGCUUCUCCACUGGAGACUGUGAUGGGACUGAGGAGAAGUUCAAAGUUUAAAUGGAACCAGACUGGUGGAUGACUUGAUGAUGUAGUAGUAAAUAUGCCCGGCACUGUUGUGUAAGUGGUCAAAAUGAAGGUCCAGUCUCCAGUAGUUGGCCUGGUAGAACCCAAAGAUUUGCCCCUUUGCAUGCACUAACACAAACUUUGGGUAAUUUCAGGAGAUUUUUUUUUUUUUUUUUGCCUUUGGUCAUGAGAAAAAUGAGAAGCGUCUGGGGAUCAAUUGCACAGCUGCAAGGCUCAGAAAUAUGACGUGUGGAAAGUCACAUGUGCAGUGUUAAUAAAAUGUCAACCUAUACUGUAUGAAACCCAUAUUCUAUCAGACUGUCUUGAAGAGGUUUAUUAUCCUUGAGGUUUUUAUGAAACGCUCCUGCUUUCAUAAAAAUGAGCAGUAAUUGAUGACUGAGGUUCUGUCUUGAGAACAUGGCACCAAUAAUAUCAUAACCUGAUGUAAGAGGGAACCAAUUGGAGAGAGAAUGACUGGGUUAGAGCUAUUUUCAAUAAUUUUACUUGAUAACUGGAAGUCAGUUUAUUUUAAUUAAUUGCAUAUUUUUCCAUGAGAUUUAUCCCCUAUAAUGUUGAUGUUAACCUUAACGGGGAGUUGACUGUGUGAGUGUUGCAAGAUUCAAUUGAAAUAAUUAAUGGAACCAAUAAAAAGCAUUUGGUUAAUUCA